GAGGAAGCAGAGUUAUUUUGAUCGUUAAUUUUUGUCGGCCAACUCGCUUGGUUCAAAUGGAGAUACGAUUGAACAUGAUGACCCUUUGUAGGACUUGCCUGCAGGAUGGCGAUGCUCACAUGGUGUCCAUUUUCCAGAUGGCGGACGAUAGGCUGUCUGGUGGCGUAUCCCUUUGCGACAAAAUCGAAAGUUUGAGUGGAAUUCAGAUAAGGGCAACGGAGGAGGAAGUGCUGCCGACCAGAAUCUGUCUCAGAUGCAAGGCAUUUCUAACGCUGGCCCACAAAUUCCGACAGAUUUGCCAACGCUCCAAUGAAUUUCUCAGAGAAUAUGUGGUAAAGGAUGCAGUCGAGCAAGUGGUGGUCAAGGAGGUGGUGCAACGAGUGGGUCCUUCAACUCCGCCACCAAUCGAGACUGAGCAGCUUGAAUCACCAGAGGAUGAGGUACUUGAAGAGGGAGUUUGGUCUACGGAUGAUCCCAUUGAGGAAACGCCACCCGAACCGGCGGAAAAGGAAAGGCCCACAGUUCUAACGGUGCAAACGCUUCCUGCUCCCUAUCCUGCUUCUGUCCCUGAACCUGCUCCUGCUCCUGCUGUCACUGCUAAAUUACAUGUGUGCGAGAUCUGCGGCAAUGGAUAUCCCAGGAAAAGCACGCUGGACACCCACAUGCGAAGACACAACGAUGAGCGACCUUACGAGUGCGAGAUCUGCCACAAGAGCUUCCACGUCAACUACCAGCUGAAGCGCCACAUCCGCCAGCACACGGGAGCCAAACCAUAUACCUGCCAAUAUUGCCAACGCAACUUCGCGGAUCGCACUUCCCUCGUUAAGCAUGAAAGAACCCAUCGAAAUGAGCGUCCUUAUGCCUGCAAGACCUGCGGAAAGAAGUUCACAUACGCCAGUGUCCUUAAAAUGCAUUACAAGACGCACACAGGCGAGAAACCCCACAUAUGCCAACUCUGCAACAAAAGCUUCGCUCGCAUUCACAAUCUCGUGGCGCAUCUGCAAACCCAACAGCAUCUAAAUGAUCCACGACUGACUAGCUAUCUUAGUACCUUCAAAGUGGGGAUUACUGUAGCCAAUGCUUAAUUUAAUAAGAUCGCGACAUUUUACCUUUGCUGAAUGCUUAAAACUCUGUAUAUACGACCUUUGUUAUAUAAAGUUUGCUAGAAAGAUUUCACAAAACUAAGAAACAUUCUAAAAAAAAAAAAUUUUUACAUUUUUACAA